AUGGCCACGAAGGGGGACGAGUUAUCACAACCAAUACUGCCGUACGAUCUCAUAAUCGAGAUAUUAUGGUGGCUCCCGGUCAAAUCUAUUGUACGGUUUAAGUGUGUAUCAAAGUCUUGGCUCACCACGUUCACACAUCCUGAUUUUGUCACGCUUCACCUCACUCGAUCCCGCAGGUUCAAUCUCGUCCUUGCAUGUUCGCGCGGCGGUUUGGAUACUAAUAUUCUUCCCUGUAACAGGCUUUUCGUGUCGCCUUGCGGCACCGAUGAAGCAUGUGAUGAUCGAGAAGGAGGAGGAGGAGCGUUUGACAUCUUCGACUGUAACUAUCAGAACGGGUGGAUGAGUAUCUCCAACUGUUGUCGUGGGUUGGUGUUAUGUUAUUCUAUUGCAGAGCAUCCUAGGCUAUACUUGGUGAAUCCGUCAACCAGAGAAGUGAUUAGGUUACCAGACUCCCCAUCUAAGGAAUCUGCAUCACUUGGGCUUGCCUAUGAUGCAUUGGUUGAUGACUACAUGUCACUAAGAUCAAAUUCCUGGAGAAGGAUUCAAGAUUUUCCUUUCUCAGUUGCAGGCUCCAUAUCAGGGGUGUUUCUGAAUGGGAAUCUCCACUGGUUCAAUUGUGAUGGGACCAAAAUGGCUUCUUAUAGUUUAGCUGAACAAAAAUUCAACACUGUUCCAUUACCCGAUCAUAACAUAUUAGCAUAUCCAUUUCAUUCUUGUGUGAUUGGAGUUGUCAAAGGAUGUCUUUGUAUCCUAUCUGGAGAUGGGCCUGCACCCAAAUUUUGGGUGAUGAAGGAAUACGGCACCAGAGAGUCUUGGACUAAAUUUGAGUUUGUCGUCCCUUGUUGUAUCUCCAAGCCUCUGCAUAUCUCAAACAACGAUGAAAAUUUAUUUGCAAUUUGUGGUACCAGAUUUGUUAUGUACAAUCUACAACAGAAAACUUAUAGUUUCACAAUGCUCCUCUAUUUUGGCAUGAAGCAGAGAUUUGUUUGGACUGCCUUGUUUCACCAAAAUAUUACAAUACCCUUUAGAAAGGGUACCAAAGGGGAAGAAGAGAUCAUAAAGAAGGUGAAGAGCUCUGCUGUAAAAUGCCAUGAUAGGCCUUCAAAACAUUAUAGGUCUGCAUCAGAUGUACAAAGCUAA